AGUAUAGCACCAUCACCUUGUUAGGUCACAGCAAAGUGAAUUCCAAUGUCGCUCUGACCCUCCUCCCUUGAUGAUGCAGUGUGUGUUUGGAGAUAAAUGAUAUAACAUUAUACUCAAGGUGAUUGAGUUGCAGUAGGGAGUCGGAAGCAACCCAAGGGAACAUCUUUCUCUACAGGGGACUUGGAACUUUGGGUUCAGGAGUCGACCAGAAGAAAUUGAAGACCUCAGGACUCUGUACAUACUUUGUGGUGUUCUGACACGUUUGUGUGUUUUUUUUACUGGACCUCGUUGCUCUGGCAACCUAUGUGCAGUAUCAAUUCAUAAAACUCCAGAAUGCCCAUUGGCUAUUGUCAGAAAUAGUGAGAGGCAGACUGGCCUCGUAAAUGGGAUUAAAAUGGAUUGUUCAUAUUGAAAUCUUAAGAUGAAGCUGAUAUUCAGCCGAUUUAUAUAUAGGCUGAUAGUUCAGGGAAUUCGCAUUGAUGAUGUACAGCAUAGAUAGAAAAGCUAUUAAUGUAAUUUACCAUUAUCUAAAGUAUUGCCUCUGUCAAUUUUGUGUUUAGAAUUUUGAGGUAGAUGGAAAGUAGUAGGGUGAAUUGCUUUUGGAUUUUUCCAUAUAACCUCUCUGCCUUCAUCUUGUGUCUGUUGCAGAACCCAGAUGCAAAGCUGAUGCAGAUUAACUUGACCGGGUUCUUGAAUGGAAAGAAUGCAAGAAUGUUCAUGGGGGAGUUGUGGCCAUUGCUGUUGAGUGCACAAGAGAAUAUUGCAGGAAUCCCUUCUGCUUUUCUGGAACAAAAGAAAGAAGAAAUCAAACAGCGACAGAUUGAACAGGAAAAGUUGGCUACCAUGAAGAAGCAAGAUGAAGAGAAGGAUAAAAAGGAUAAAGAAGACAAAGAAAACAGAGAAAAGAGGGACCGCUCCAGAAGUCCAAAGAGACGUAAGUCAAGAUCUCCAUCUCCUAGGAGGCGAUCACCAGCAAGAAGGGAGAGAAAACGUUCUCCUUCUAGGUCUCCUCGUCGCAGGACUAGAAGUGGGAGUAGAAGUGCUUCGCCGGUAACUACAGUCAAGAAGCCAGAGCAGCUGUCACCUGAGCCAGAUCUCUCACUUAAAGAAAGAAAAGAAUCUCCUGCACCAGAAGCGACUUCAACAAGUGAUAUUCUGAAGGAAAUCAAACCCUCAACACCAGAUGUUAAAGAGACUUUAUUAGAACAGCCUAUUAAAAAAGAGAAGGAAAGAAAAGAAAAGAACCGCCAUCGCUCACGUUCACGGUCAAAAUCAAAGUCUAGGUCCCGUUCACGUUCUCAUUCACGGCCAAGGAGGCGCCCUCGGUCCCGGUCAAGGUCCUAUUCACCUCGAAGGCGGUCUAGUCCAAGGCGCAGGUCUCUGCCUCGAAGGAGGAGUCCACCAAGGCGGUUGCCCCCACCUCCACCUCCCAGACACAGAAGGAGUAGAUCACCUAUUAGAAGGCGUCGAUCUCCCUCAGUUUCUUCCUCGGGCAGUAGUUCCUCUUCCUCUUCCAGAUCAAGGUCACCUCCAAAGAAGACAAAACGUAUAUCACCCAGUCCUCCCCGCAAACCUCGACGAUCUUCCCCAUCUCCUGCUACUCCUCCCAGGAGACGGCAUAGAUCACCUGUGACUGUGACAAGUCCAGCUCAUAAAGGAACACGUUUGUCCUCUCCACAUGCGAAUCGUUCAAGGAAAGGUUAUACUUCAGUUUCUCCUGCUCGGCCAGCACCAAAACGGAAGGGUAGUGUGAAGCAUGAAUCUGUAUCUCCUCCUAAACCAAGAAGAUCAGAGCCUUCAGAUUCAGAAGAUGAUAAAGGCGGCAAGGCUGCAGGAGUGGAGUCAGUGCAGCAGCGGCGCCAGUAUCGCAAACAGAACCAGCAGACCACUUCUGAGUCUGGAUCUUCCUCCUCAUCUGAAGAUGAAGCACCAAAACGUUCAAAUGCAAAGAAUGGGGAAGUUCGAAGAAGACGCCAUCGCUCAUUGUCACGGAGUAUGUCUCCUUCCCCUGCAAUGCGAAAGAGGCACAAGGACUUUUCACCAAGGAUGCCGCUUGGAAAGAGGUGGCACUUCCCAGUGGCGAGAAGGAGGAGGAGAAGCCCAUCACCACCGCCAAGACGCAGGCGUACUCCAACUCCCCCUAGGAGGCGUAGAUCACCAUCUCCACUAAGACGCAGAUCACCAUCACCACCACCACGUAGACGUUCAGCCUCACCAAGGCGCUAUUCCCCUGCAAUUCAGAGGAGGUAUAGUCCUUCACCACCACCUCGGAGACGGGCGUCUCCGUCUCCAGCACCAAAGCGUCGUAGUUCUCCCUCUCCCUCUUCUCGGCGCAGGAGAGGAUCCCCACCAAGCAGGUCCAACAGAGAUGUUCGCUCACCACCACACAAACGGCAUUCACCAUCUCCACGGCCUAGGCCAAUGCGUGGAUCCAUUAGUCCUCCACCAGCACGAAGGGUAUCAAUGUCACCACCACCACAGCGACGUCAUAUGUCCCCAUCCCCCAGUAAUAGGCCUAUCCGGCGAGUUUCACGCACCCCAGAACCGAAGAAACCUAAAAAGAUCUCACCAAAUCUACAAGUUGUGCGAAGGGCUACAUCAUCCAGAUCCAUAUCUCGAUCCCCUGAGCCUGCUCCCAAGAAGCGGCCAAUGGCUUCAGUCUCCAGAUCGCAGUCUGCCAGUAGAUCACCAACACCUCUUCUUCCACCACCUCCAGUUAAAAAGCCAAAGAGUGCUUCAAUUAGUCCAUCUCCUCUCAAGAUUUCUGACCAAGAAGCCGGAGGGAAGAAAAAGAAAAAGAAGAAGGACAAGAAACACAAAAAGGACAAAAAACACAAGAAACACAAGAAACAUAAGAAAGAAAAGGCUGCAGUCGCACCAGCAACAACAGUUGAAGAAGGAAAAGUUGAACCAGUUGAAGCUCCAGUAAAAUCACCUCAACCAGAAGUUUCAGAACCCACAAAGGAAUCAGAAAGUGAGGAAGAAAACCUAGAUGAUUUAGAAAAGCAUCUCCGAGAGAAAGCUCUGCGGUCAAUGAGAAAAGCUCAAGCUUCACCGCCAUCAUGAAACAGUACUGAAGUAAACUAACUUAAGGAGACUGAAUGGAUUAGGCACAAGGGCUUUGUACAUUUUAAAAUUGGCUGCUAUAAUGACUCCAGUGCAUUAAGGCGUCCGCCAUACCAUUCAUGAACACUGACACUGCCUCUUACCAAUACUAGAAUAUUUCAUAAAGGUCAGUCAUAAUGAUUUUGUGUUUUAUCACAGAACAAAAUUCUUCAGCUCUGAUUUUUCACAGCUGUAUCUUUCUUUAAGCGUAAUAUAAUUUGGAAAGUCUUUCGUCUCAAUUUGUUGCUCAUUUUAAUCUAAGAGCUGCAAUUUGCUGCACUUACGUGAGAUUUAUUCUUUAGCAUCUGGCACAGCUUUUUGAAGUGUAGUGUUUUAUUUCCACCAUUAACAACAAAUCAUGGUUUCUGCCAACAGAACAUAGACUUGGGAGCAGAGACUUAGGGAAGUUUGUGGCUCAAGAUCUUCUAUCUCCUUUCUAAGUGGUCUGCUUAAGACUAAUAAGUCCAUUAUGUGCAUUUGAUUUGAUAAAGUCACUUUUUAAAUAGAAUAAAUUCAGUGAAUUUAGGGUAAUUCAGCUAGAUUUAUGCUGAAUUGACUAAAUUUAUGUUUUUGCAGCUGAGCUCUGAAAAGGUUACAUUUUAAAAAUUAUUUUGCAGUUCUUGUCAUGGCUAUCAUUAUGUAAUGGUAUUUUGUCACAUCGUUUAUGUAAGUGUACAAGUCCUUUGUGUUUAAUCCACUAAUACGAUCUGUUGUGUAGUUUUUGCAGAGUUUGAGUUUUACUUGAGCUGUUUGAUUGUCCACAAUAUUCUUCACAAAGAGCUUCACGUGAAAAUGUGCUGUAUCUAGAACACUGGAAGUCUCUUUUUAAAAAUAAAAAAUUGUUAAUAGGAAGAGGAUGGUACUGCCAGGAUCUGAAGAAUUCAAGUUUCCUGGCUGACAGUAGCUUUGGAUUGUACUUUGCUUUGUGUAACAGGUUGGUUUCAUCCAAGCUGUUCGUGUCUUCUACUGUUAAGGUUGUUCUGAAAGUAAAAACUUGUUUAGAUGCUGUUCUUUUGUGGGAGCUUAACAAAUCUGUAAUGACUAUUUUGAAUUUGUCAUCUUUUGACUCAAAGGGUUUUGUUUUUUUUUAUAAACGUUGAAUUAUAAAGCUGUAAAAAGCUGGAGUAAUAAAUGGAAAUUAAAUUUCUAAAUUCAAUUUUCUUCCAGGCUUUGUUUUCUUGCAAAGUUGUAGUUUUCAUCAAAUGAAGCACACACUUUUUAUGAUAAAUUGUGCUAUUACUAUUUUGGCCAAAAUUGUUUACAGCAAAAGAAAUUAGUCCUGAGUAUGUGAAAGCCUUAAUAUCUAUAGAGGUUUUCCCCCGUACAAAGUUUCCAGGGCAUUUGGGCAGAUACAUGGGUCAGAAAAGAGUAAAAGGAUAUGGGCCUAAUACAGGCAAAUCUGAUUAGUGUUGCUGGGCAUUACAAUUGGCAUGGAUGAGUUAUUUAUUUAGUGACACAGCACCGAACAGACUCUUCCAGCCCUUUGGACCACACUGCCCAGCAACACUCCUGAUUCGACCCUAUCUUAAUCACCGGACAAUUUACAAUGACCAAUUAACCUAACAGGUACGUCUUUGGAUUGUGGGAGCAAGCUGGAGCACCAGGAGAAAUCUGCAGAUUCCAUGGGGAGGAUGUACAGGCUCCUGACGGGUGGCGUCAGAAUUGAACUCUGACAACCUGCCCUGCAAUAGUGUCGCACUAACAGCUGUGCCACUGAGACCCCCAUUUCUAUUCUACACCAUAACUCUUCAUAUGUUACUUUUCAACCCUUUAUAUUUCAAGAAAAUGGGGGCAAAAUUUUGAAAUCUUAAGUGCUAAAUUACCAAAAUUGGUUAACUAAUUACCAUAAAGGACUUGGUGGUUGCUGUCGUAAAGGGAUAAGUCAGAGGUAUAGAUUUAAUCUGUUCUCCAGAAACUUUGACCUAAAAGUCUGGGCUGUGCUGUACUGAGGGAGGUGACAUAUCUUUUCAAAGGUGAUGUAUUAAACUGAGGUUCUGCGUGUCACUGGUUCAAUGGUUACAUUUACUAUCAGAGAAUGUAUAUAAUAUACAAUCUGAAAUUCUUACUCUCUGCAGACAUCCUUGAAACAGGAAAAACCCUAAAGAAUGACAGAAAAAAAUGUAGAAACCCCAAAUCUCCCUGUCCCUCUCCCAUGCAUAAAGGAUCCCAAAGGACAGCAGGGGAGUGAUCCUGAGGAGAAUUAGAUCCACUAGGUCAUUAUCAAGUUGUUAUAGGGUGCUUCUGGUGUGCAAAUUACUAGCAGCAAUUUCAGAAGGAAGAUAUUGAAAUUGCCCAUCAGUGGUUAAUUGUGAUUCUCCAUGUUAAUUUGUAAAUUAGUCGUGUGCCCUUUUAUGUCAACACAUAGCGUGCCCACAACUCCUAACCCUAACUACAGGUCUUUGGAAUGUGGGAGGAAACACGCACGGUUACAGAGAGAACAUACAAACUCCUUACAGGAACUGAACCCCAUAUUAACCAUGCUACCCUGUUAGCCUCCUCCCCUGCACCAUGUGAUUUAUUGCCAAAUUAGCAAUGUAGCUUUAUGAACACAAGGCAUAGACCAGAUUUUGCCAGUUCCUUACACUGAAUUUAAAAAAAACUGCAGACUAGAAGUUACAUUUGUUUAUGCAUUCAAACACUAUAAACAACGCAGAUAAGAAAGAAGAGAUAUUUCUAUAGAUGCUUUCACAUCCAUAUACUUAAUGUGUGUUUAAUAAACAAACACAUUGUUUCCAUAUAUCAAUGCUUGUAAUCAAGGGUAGCUGGUAGUUUGCCAGAGUGAAGUCCCACAAACGGACUUGUAAUCUUGGUGGUAAUGGGAAAGAUGAUUGCCUAGGUGCUCUAAUGUAUUUUGUGUCAAAAAUAUUAAUAUGCAUUUGAGCAGGUAGAUUAGAAAUGGGCGGCGUGGUAUCAUAAUGCUUAGCUCACCGCUUUACAGUACCAGCAUCUCGGUUCCAAUUCCUGCCACUGUAAGGAAUUUGUAUGUUCUUCCCGUGACCUUGUGGGUCUCCUUCGGUGCUCCAGUUUCCUCCCACAGUCCAAAGACCUAGGGUCAGUAGGUUAAUUGCUCAUUGUACAUUUGGGGUUGUUGGGCAGUGCAGCUCAAAUGGCCAGAAGGGCCUAUUGUGCUCUAUAUUUCAAUAAGUAAAUAGUGGUUGGUUUAAAGUUGAAAAGUAGCUCAUGGUGGUACUACAUUGUAAAGAAUAUUAUUUUUAAUUGUUCAUAUUUUAAGUGAGAAAUAAACUCAGUUUCUUCAUUACUUUUAGUGAUCUGUGGGAGGCAAUUAAGAUUCAGAUAAUAGUUAUUUCUCUGAAAAAGUUGUUUUAAUUUU